AUGCAACAGCCUGUUGCAAAUGGAGUGCCAAGCGGCCAGGACAGUGCGUCCACAGCGCCAUCGAAAGGAGCCUCCAUCACUGAGAGCGACCUCGACAAGAUAUGGGGCUGGAAUAGCAUCGUCCCAGCAGCUGAGGAGCGCUGCGUCCAUGAGAUGAUCCAACACCAGGCCCAGGCUCGGCCCAGCGCACCAGCCGUGCAUGCCUGCGAUGGCAACCUCACUUACUAUGAACUGGACCGCCUUGCCACUGUCCUAGCCGACAAGCUCGUCGACCUCGGUGUCAAGCCAAACACGUUUGUUCCGCUCUGCUUCGAAAAGUCGUUGUGGACUACCGUCGCCAUGCUCGGCGUAAUGAAGGCCGGAGGGGCGUUUGUGCUCCUGGAUCCGUCACUCCCGGAGCAACGCCUCCUGUCAAUGGUCCGCGAAGCCAAUGCCAGGCUGCUUGUGUCGUCCGCCGGCGAGCAUGCUUUGGCCUCGCGGCUAUGCCCGGAUACUCUAGUUGUCGACCAUGGCUUUUUCCGUGAGACCGUGGACCAUCCGUCCACUCGGAGACUUCCUGACCGCGAUCCGAAUUCGUUCAUUUAUCUUGUGUUCACGUCGGGGACGACGGGGGCUCCCAAAGGGGCAAUCAUCACGCACAAAAGCUCUGCUUCCGGACUCCAGCACCAAAUCGACAGCCUACGGUACACGACUGAAUCGAGGGUUUAUGAUUUUUCAGCAUAUAGCUUCGACAUUUCAAUUUACAGCGCCCUCACAACCCUCGUGGCUGGAGGGUGUCUAUGCGUUCCCAGCGAGCAAGACCGCAAGUCCAGCUUGGCGGGAAGCAUAAAGUCGCUGAGGGCAAACACGAUAUCUCUGACGCCGUCCGUCGCCCGGUUACUUUCCCCCGACGAGUUGCCUCAGCUAAAGACGAUGAUUUUGGGUGGUGAGGCGCUCCAUGUUGGAGACAUUGAGCCAUGGUGGGGUCGUGUGUUCACAGCCUACGGACCAAGCGAAUGCACUCCGACGAGCAUGAUAAACCCCCAUCCGUCGAGCCUGGGUGAGGCGUGCCGACUGGGACGGGGCUUCGGAGUGGUGACCUGGGUCGUUGACGACCGUGACCACAACGUCCUGCUCCCAGCGGGUUGUGUCGGCGAACUCCUGCUUGAGGGCCCCUUGGUGGGCACCGGCUAUCUCAAUGACCCGAAGAGGACAACUGCGGCGUUUAUCGAGGACCCGGUCUGGCUGCUCCGAGGUUCGGUUGACCAGCCCGGGAGGCGCGGACGACUAUACAAAACGGGGGACCUAGUCAGGUACGCCGAGGACGGUAGCCUGGUCUUUGUCGGUCGCAAUGACUUGCAAGUCAAGAUCCGCGGCCAGCGUGUCGAGCUCGGUGAGGUUGAGACUGCGGUCCGUAUGUGUGUGCCUGAAGCGAAGCAGGUUGUGGCCGAAGUCGUGACACCCGCGAAGGACGACGCAAGCCCAGCCCUGGCCGUCUUUGUUCGGAUGGGCGACUCAAGCAUCGCCGAGUCUGGUCUAAGCAUGUUGUCCAUCACCCAAGACUCGAGGAGAAGGCUAGAGGAGCUCCUGCCAAGCUACAUGGUGCCAACGGCGUUCUUCUCCAUCCGCGAGAUGCCCAUGACGCCGACCGGCAAGACAAACCGACGGCGGCUGCGCGAGAUGGGCGCGUCCUUUUGCGAGGAAGCUGGGGAAACGGCAGACACGACACCAGGAGGAUCGGCAGACGACGGCGCGGUGAUUCUGAAAGCCGAGCAACCGGCGUAUGCCUUGGCACAAAAAGUGGCUGCGAUGCUGCCGCCGUGGCGCCAGCGCGACGUGGCGGCAAACGGAGAGUCGGGCUACGAGGACAUCUGUCUAUUCCCGUCUGGCCUCGACUCGAUCAACAUGAUGGCGUUGGCGUACUUUAUAUCACAGCAGUUUCAGGUCGAGGUUGACUUGGAGGUGUUGAUGGACCCGAGUACGAGCAUCCGCACGCUGGCCGGGGUCGUGACGGACCUGCAGGCCGCUUCAUAGAUGACAGGCUCUGUGUAAAUGACGAGGCGUUUCCCUCUCUGGCUCGCGAACCAAGGUUCCUCCAUGUCACGACACGCAUCGGGUGAAGUAUUGAUGGUGGUGCAGCCUGGAGUCAUGCCGAGGUGUCAGAAAGCCUGCGGGAGACGACGACCUCACCGUGAUGAGCUAAUUGUUCUUUCCGGUCUUCCUCCGCCGACGCCGUAAUGGCGUUUUGGCGGGCGACGCAGAAGGCGGAGGCGGUGGAUCGUGUCGUUCCGGCGGCGUGGAGGCGAGAAGCGGACAUCACAGGUGGCUGAAGAAGCGACUGUUCCGCUGACGACGGCAUGAGCUUGGGGUUUGGUGG